UACGCUCUGCUGCAGCUCUCUGACGCACACAAAAGCGAUGUGGCUUUAGUCGUUCUUAGGACCGAAUCAAAUCUGUACUCCACGCGGAACCACCCGACUCACUUUAAGCCGGUGUUUCGGAUCUUCGGCAAUGUUUUCUUAACUUGAUGCUAGCUUCCGGGGUUAGCUCGAAGUUUGGAGCGUCCUUUUUCUCCCCCCUCCAAACUCCUAGCUAACUUCAAACUAAAUCCUCCGCAGAGCGGAACCGUCUGCGGGAGAUUUUAAACACAUCGCACGGCUGAAGAUGGAGUCGGACGACGUGUUUGUCUGCGCCAGUCCCGUGAGCACCGUUUUGAAUCGCAGGCCCGAUGGGAUCCCCGGGCUUUCCUCGCUCUCUCUGCCGGAGUUGAGCACAAAGACCGCGCACUGCAGAGACCUCUUCUCCCCCGGACUCGCCGCGGUGUUGUCUCCUGUCACCAACCUGGCUCUGGACCUGGACAGCUUGGCUGUACUCGGAAGCCUGUGCGAUACCCCGAAAAGGAGAAAGCAUGCACCCCUUGAAAAGAAUCCCUCAUUUGCUUCUGACGUCUCAUCUGAUGCUGGCCUCGGCAUGGAUCCCCCCAGCCCGAUGGACGCUGUUGAAAUGGAGGACACAUUCGAAAGGGCCAUUCAGAAGUCGAGACGAGUCGUCAACGAGAGGAUGCCCAUUAGAAGAAUCAGCUCAUUGCCACUCCAGAGCUGCAGUCCAUCUCUGAAAGGACAGGAAACGGAUUCCCACCGCUAUGGAAUAUUCGGACAGCCACCGUCCCAAAUGACGGCCUCCACUUCUCAGCGCCACAACAAGGAAAACAUGCCGGAGGAGGGCUUUGAAUUCAAGAAACCGACCAAGCCGGUGUCGCGGUGCCGCGUGCGCUUCUUCCACGGCGGUCAGGCCAAGGACGCGUUUGCCUGCCGGCCCAGCUCGGCGCCGGCCCUCAUGUUCUCGUCGCCUCCGCCGAUCCAACAGCUCGACUUCUACAGCUCCAGCCCCAUGUUUCUGAGGCGCCCCUCCCCUCCGAACGACGACGAGGACGACGGCUUUCUGGACGUCCUGGACGACAACACGGAGAACGACGCUGGGAUGCCGAUGGGAAUGGCGAGCCUGCUCACGGCCCCGCUGGUGACCGACGGCUCGGGAGAAGACUCUCCCGUGAUCCGCUGCCGGCCGCGCAGCCUCUUCCGCUCGCCCUCCAUGCCCGGUCCGCUCCCGACCCGGCCCUGCGCCAAGCGCCCCGACUGCCCCGGGGACGAGAGCACGCCGGUCCGGGUGAAGAGGCGACGCAGCCUGGCGGGAACGCAGGUCACCAGCGUGGAGCUGAACCCCGAAUCCCCGAGAACGAGCUGCUUGCUGCUCCAGAGGUCCAAGUCCUUCUGCGAGACGGACAUCGAGAAGCUGCUGGACGGCGCGGCCGGCUCCAGCGAGCUCAUCGGAGAUUUCACCAAGCCUUUCGCACUUCCCACUGUGGACGGCAAACAUCAAGACCUCAAGUAUAUUAACCCGGACACGAUGGUGGCAGCUCUGUCCGACGAGUUCAAUCAUCUAGUCGAGCAAGUUAUCAUCAUGGACUGUCGCUACCCCUACGAGUUUGAUGGGGGACACAUCAAGGGCGCUCUGAACCUGCACCAGGAGGACCAGGUGGAGGACUUCCUCCUCAGAACGCCCAUCGCGCCGUCCUGCCCGGAGAAACGCGUCGUCAUCAUCUUCCACUGCGAGUUCUCGUCGGAGCGCGGCCCUCGGAUGUGCCGCUUCGUCCGGGAGCGGGACCGCGCCGUCAACGAGUAUCCCACCCUCCACUACCCCGAGCUCUACAUCCUCAAGGGCGGAUACAAAGACUUCUUCCCUCACUUCCAGUCCCAAUGUGAACCCCAGUCCUACCGGCCCAUGCACCACGAGGACUUCAAGGAGGACCUGAGGAAGUUUCGCCUCAAGAGUCGCACCUGGGCCGGGGAGCGCAGCAAGAGGGACAUGUACAGCCGACUGAAGAAGCUUUGAGCGCCUCCUCCCUAACUGCCACUACGACACACUGCCCCUCCCCCGAGCCCGAGGCCUCGCCCCACCAACGAGGAACCCUUUGGGAUUGCGCCAUAAGACGGGUUUUUUGUAAAGUCCCUUAAAGUUUCAUUUAGCAAAGUUAGUUAUUUAUGCAAACUGAACGAGGAGAAGGACCGAGCGCUCGACCCGACGCGGUCGUCGAGGUGCAGCGAACAGAUUUUAAAAACCACUUGGACCUACUGCCUGUUUGACCUUUGGCGCUCGCAGCACGAGUUGCCGGCGGAUGCAAUACCACGAACACACCGCCCGUCUGAAGUCUUUCCGUCUCCUCACUGGAUGUUUUUUUAUUUUGCACGUGUCAUGUCCCACCUUUCAGCUAAGCACUUAAUACCUUGAAAUGGUGAGCUGCUUCUUUUUUUUUGAUACUGCUUUUUAUAUAUAUAUAUUUUAAUGAGUUGUUUUUACCCCCAUUUAGACAUCGAUCUGUUGAAAGCAUGCCUUUUCUUUAGGCGUCCCAAAAUGCAAAUUGGCUAUUUUAAUGACCAUUUGUACAGUUUAAAAUGCCGUUUUUCUUUUGUAACUUUCUUUUUUUUCUUUUUUCUUUCUCACUCCGAAGAUGCCAAAGCAAAAACCUACUACCUGUUAACUUUGCAGUGAGAUUUUUUUUUUUUCUUUCUGAUGCUGCAGGUCGGCCAGUGUGAGGGGCGUUUCUAUCGGUUUGCUUUGAUUCUUUAUUUUCAUUUCCAGACCUAAGGAUGUCGGUUCAUCGCGACCGGGGUGGUUUGAAUAUUUUGGUGCAGGCUUGUGGGGGAGCUGCUAAAAAUAAAGCGCCAACGUGUGUUCAAAUGUGA